AGCAAGGUGGUGAGCACAGCGCUGCCCUCCCGGGGCUCCAUGUCCCGCUGGGCUGCUCUGGGGAUGGGAGAGGCAGGGAUGGUGGUGGGACCCUCCUGGGGCGCAUCCCUGCCGCCCCCCGCCAUGCCCGCCGCCCUCCGCCUGCUCUGCGGGGUGGUGGUGCCGGCUGCCCUGCUCUGCGCAGAGCCCCUGCCCCGCGUCACCUUCCCCAGCGGGGACCCCCGGCGGACCCUCACCCACUUCAGCCAGAACAACAUCUCCCAUUACGACAUCUUCCUCCUGGAUGAGAGUGAGGAGGAGCUGUACGUGGGGGCACGAGACUGGGUGCUGGCCCUCACUGUUGGCACCCCUGGCAGCAUCCGUGCCAAAGCCUCGAUAAUGUGGGGAGCCACAGAUGAGAAAACCUCUGAAUGUGCUUUUAAGAAGAAGAGCCAAGAGACUGAGUGCUUCAACUUCAUCCGAGUCCUGGUGGCCCUGAACCAGACCCACCUCUACGUCUGUGGGACCUACGCCUUCAGCCCCGCGUGCACCUACAUUCACCUGGAAAACUUCACACUGGUGCCCAGUGGCAGAGGACAGCCCUUCCUGGAUGGGAAGGGCCAGUGCCCCUUCGAUCCCCAGCACACUUACACGGCCCUGCUGGUGGAUGGGGAGCUCUAUGCUGGCACCAUGAACAACUUCCAGGGCAACGAGCCCAUCAUCUCCCGCUCGCUGGGCACCCGCACCCUGCUCAAGACCGACGCCUUCCUCCGCUGGCUCUCGGCCGACGCCGCCUUCGUGGCCUCCUUCAGCAUACCUGAGGACGACAAGGUCUACUUCUUCUUCGAGGAGACAGCGGACGAGUUCGACUUCUUUGAGAAGCUCCUGGUGCCACGGGUGGCCCGUGUCUGCAAGAGCGAUGUAGGGGGGGAAAAGUUGCUGCAGAAGAAGUGGACAACUUUCCUGAAGGCACAGCUGGUGUGCUCCCAGACCGGCCACUUCCCCUUCAACGUCAUCCACCACGCCUUUGCCCUGCUCCGCCACGACGGCCGUGCCGACUUCUACGCAGUGUUCACCUCGCAGUGGCAGGCGGGCAGGGCGGGCAGCGCCGUCUGUGCCUACAGACAGGAGGAUCUGGAGAAGGUCUUCGAGGGCAAGUACAAGGAGCUGAACAAGGAGAGCUCUCGCUGGACCGUCUACAGUGGCCCUGACAUGAGUCCCCGGCCUGGCAGUUGCUCCAUGGGUGCCUCCUCGGACAAAGCCCUCUCCUUCAUGAAGGACCAUUUCCUGAUGGACGGGAAGGUGUCCCCCAUGCGGGGGCAGCCUCUCCUGGUGAAGUCGGAUGUCACCUACACGCGCAUCACGGUGCACGAGACCCGCGGCGUGUCGGGGACCACGUAUCGUGUCAUGUUCCUGGCCACAGCCGACGGUCUCCUGCACAAGGCAGUGGAGCUGUCUGGGGGUGCCCACAUCGUGGAGAGCAUCCAGCUCUUUGCAAGGCCAGAGCCAGUGAAGAACCUGCUGCUGGCGCCAGGGAAGGGCAUCCUCUAUGUGGGCUACUCCAGAGGCGUCCUGCAGGUCCCGCUGGCCAACUGCAGCCUGCACCAGAGCUGCGCCGAGUGCGUGCUGGCACGGGACCCCUACUGCGCCUGGCACAGCCCCGAGGGCUCCUGCCGGCCCGCCCACCUUGCCUCCGAGAGCAAGAGCGCGUGGCUGCAGGACGUUGAGACAGGGAACCCGGGCACCGUGUGCCACCGUGGGAGGAGCGCAGCCAUGCCCCGAUCCUGGGGGGCACCGGAGGACCCCGCUGUACAGGGGCUCAGCCCCCGGCUGAACGCCGUGGUCCCCCUGCCGUGCCCCCGCCACUCUGCACUGGCCACCUACAGCUGGCAGCAGCCCAGCGGUGCCCAGGGCCACACGGUGCUGCAGCCCGACCACACGCUGGUGGUCAUCAUGCAGCAGGGAAUGGCCGGCACCUACAAGUGCCAGGCCACAGAGAACGGCUACACCUGGACCGUGGCGCAGUACCAGCUCCGGGACUCGGGCGGGGACGGGCCGGACGGGGGCACCCCCCGGUCGUACUGGCUGGAGUUCGUCACGGUGACGGUGCUGCUGGCCGUGACGCUGACCGCGGCCGCCUGCCUGGCCCUCCUCACCUACCGCGACCAGCUCAGGGCCCGCAGCAAGGUGCGGGGCUGCAGCACGCCCCACAGCCCCCCGGCCCGCCCCCGGGAGAAGGUGCCCCUCAACGGGGGCACCAGGGAGCCCCCAGCACCGGGAGCUGCCACGGAGGAAGAGGAGGAGGAUGAAGGCUCGCAGGCUUGCUGCCUUCAGCUUGAUGGGGACAUCGACGUCGACAACAACCGGCUCCACGUGCCAGCAGGGGACAGAGCGUGACGCUGCCAGCGGGUCAGGGAGACCCUGGGGAGGGGGGUGCGGGGAGGGGUGUGAAUGUGAAAGGGUUUUUGGUUUUGUUUUAUUUAAUACACCUGUUUUAACCUAAGGCUCCCAUUCUGGGGCUGAGGGUGGAAUGGGCCCCGGGAGCAGCGGGCGUGGGGUGGGAGAAGAUGGGAGGGGGCAAGGGAGUGGCACGGGGAGAGAGUGGAGGGUGAAGGAAGGUCACAGGGACAGGCCAAGGAUGUGGCACAGAGGAGAAAUGUCCCCGUGGGGUGGGGACGGCUGGAAAUGGUGGAUGCUGACACCAGUGUUACCCCAGGGAACAAACCAGGUGCCAUAAAAACCUCACCGUGGGGCAGUGGGCUCCGUCAGCCAGGCCCGUGGGCACCCACCCAGCACUGCCACUGCCCCUCGGUGCUGCGCGCCCCCGAUCCCGGGGUCCCCCGAGUGGCAGAGCCCCCCUGGUCCCUGGCUGUCCCCCCCGCCCACGUCCCACGCCUUGGAGCUGCCUCUGGAAGCCAAAGCAGCUGUACAUUUCCCUGCUCCCUGCUUUUUUAUUAAAAAAGGAAAAAUCAA